AUGAUCAGGCUAAAGGGCUUCGCGAUAACUGACUACUCUCGCAAGGGUCUAGUGUCUCUAGGCGGCAUAAUCAUAUUUCUCUGGGUAAUCACGACGAUACAUUUUGGAGGGAUAUCGAGUACCCUUUCAAAGGCACAUCUGGAAUUCAACCAAAAUCCAAAAACUCCAAAGUAUGCCUAUGCAACAAUCAUAACCGGAGAAGGCGACCCGGAGUAUCCCGACGUGGAAGAGCCGUAUCUUUGGGCGACGCGCCUUCUCACCUUCCAGCUCUUGCACAAUCCCCGAACGCGUGGAAACUCAUCAGACAUCCCACUACUGGUACUCGUUACGCCAGAAAUCCCACAGAGUCACCGUGAUAUACUCACAAACGACGGUGCGACUGUCUUACCCGUCGAGAGUCUUCAACGAGAAUGGAUUCAUCCGAAGUGGGGUCGAUGGAGUGAUGUGCUCGCAAAACUGAAUCUUUGGAGGCUCGAAGAGUAUGACAAAAUCGCUUUCCUCGAUGCGGAUUCGGUGGUCUUUCGCCCAAUCGAUGGCAUCUUCAAUCUUUCAUCUACCGACAUUCUUCCAAGCACCAACGGAACAAAUGAGACAGUGAUAGCCAAUCUGCCCCCCGACACCGCCAGAAAAAUGCCCCAUGAGUAUAUGUUGGCUGGAAUUCACGACCUUUGGGUGGAACAAUACAAUGAGCCUCCGCCGGAAGAACUGUUCUACGAAUCAAACAACUACCUAAAUGCUGGAUUCUUCGUCUUGCAUCCUUCCAUAAGUGUUUACGACUAUUACGUCGCGCUCCUAGACACUCCCAAUCAGUUUAGCUCGGCAUACCCCGAACAAAACUUGUUGAACUUUGCCCAUAGAACCGACGGACCUAUGCCUUGGAAAGAGCUGGGCCAUGGAUGGAAUUCGAAAUUUGGCAGAGAGACUGACUAUAACAAUGGCCUGCGGACUAUCCACCAGAAAUGGUGGCGUGCAAGCUACGAACGAUUUUUGGAUGAUCGGGUCACUGAGUCGUUGCAGGAAAUGAGGGACUACAUUGCUGCCAAAAAUGGAACAAUUUGA